AUGAGCGCAUUUCAGAGAGGACGGGAAGAAGAAUGUCAAGUCAACAUCUGUGAGAACUUCAAAGACACAUCACCCCAUUGUGUGGCAUGCGGUGCCAUGCUAGCUGAUGUAAAACAUUCUCCUGUUAUUAGGCAUUUUGGAUUACAGCUCCUUGAACAUUUUGUGAGAUUCAAAUGGAAUGAUGCUACUGUGGAACAGAAAUUACAGUUCAAGAACCUGACGAUAGAAAUGAUCACUAAGAAGAGCACCAAUGUCCUGGAAGAGGAGAACUUCAUCAAAGAGGGCCCAGUGAAGAUUGUUGUUGAGAUGAUCAAAAGAGAAUGGCCUCAACAAUGGCCAAGCUUACUGGAGGAGCUCGAUCAGAUGUGUCAAAUUGGGGAUAGUCAGACUGAACUUGUUCUUCUUAUCUUGUUGAGAUUGGUAGAAGAUGUGGUUUCAUUCCACAACGUUCAGCAGGGGAGACGGCGGAAGGACCUCUGGCAAGCCCUGAAUGCUAACAUGUCUCAGAUUUCAUCCUUCCUUAUCAAAGUUCUAGAGAUGUACUCGGAGAAAUACCAGUCAUUGGAGUCUUCAGCACCGCAAAGUAGUGAGGCCAAAUCUGCCUGUAAGGUGACCCAGACGGUCCUUGUGACCAUGUGUGGCUUCGUAGAGUGGAUGGAUGCUAAACAUCUCUACAAGGAAGAGAAUCGCCUCCUCAUCUUCCUCUAUAAGCUCCUUAGGAACGAAGAGCUGAAGAUGCUGGCAGCAGAGUGCUUGCAACUCAUUGUACACAGAAAGGGCAAGAUAGACGAAAGAAAACCCCUGAUGGUGCUAUUUUGUGAUGUAGCUAUGACUGAACUCUUCAAUGCUGCUGUGAAAGCUUGCAGUGCAGGUCUUGAUGAAAAGAAUCACUUGUUUUUGAAGAAGCUUUGUCAGGUCAUUACAGGUUUGGGUUCACAGAUGUGUGCAAUAUGGGUAAUGGAAGGGGAAUCAUUCGUACCACCAAGCAACCUUGCUUCCUACCUGAAGACAUUGUAUAGUUUCACCCAGCAUGCUAGUACACACGUCUGCCAUCUAACAUCUGCUAGCUGGAUGGCUUUCCUACGGCAUGAGCAUAUGUCGCGUACCCAGGCCAUGCUGGAUAUUAUACCAAGCCUCUGCCAGACGUUCAUUACCACAAUACAAAAGCUUGGCUACCCAUCUCGGAACGACUCUGCUGCAUGUGCCUAUUCAAGGAUUGAUUUCGAUUCAGAUGAGGAAUUCUUCCUUUUCUUUUCAUCUCACAGAUACAAUCAACUGGAGAUUCUAAGAUAUGCAACAGCUCUUUGUCCUGAGACUACAUUAACGAUAGCAGCACAUUGGUUGCAAGAGGUUUUGGCUGCUCCCAUUGAGAAAGAAGAAGGUAAGGAGCUGUGUACAAAUCUUUGUCCAUCAGCAAUCAGAUGGGAUGCUAUGUCUAAUUACCUUGAUGUUGUAAUAACAGCCUUGAUCAAGAAGGAUCAGUUACCAACACAACAAGCUGUAGAACUUCUCCAAGCAACUCUCAACACUAGAAUAGAGGACCCAGUGAUACUGUCUUUCCAGCUUACCUGUAUAUCAACCUUGUUUCCUGUACUAUAUCAUUCCAAGCAGCAUGUGGAGAGUGUAUUGGAUAAGCUUUUUGCUGCUGCUGUCUUCUCCUUGCCUGGGUUGACUAAGGUAAAGUACUUGCAAAUCUUCUUUGGUAAACAAAACAAAAGACUACUAAAAGGGUUAUAUAUUAACGUGGUAGCAGUCGGUCCACAUCUCAGAUAG